CACUUUUCAUUCGACUGAUAUCAAAAACACCCUAGUGAACACACCCAUAUGCCAGAGCCCAUAGUUGUGUAUGCAGCAUUGAAUUUCACGCAUUAUUCAGAAUUGAAUGCAUCAAACUUUAAUGAAUGUGCAAUAAUAACUUUUGAACUGCACUCAAUUCUUAUCAAAAGUACAAUAUGAAAAACCAUAUGUGUUCAGCUGAUACGAAAUGAGUUUCAUGAAAAUGGUCGAUAAAUCGAAUCGAAUUAGUCGAUCACCUAGCAAAAUUUCGAUUGAAAUUAAAAAGUCAAUAAUUUGAGCUUAAAAUUGGCCGGUAAAUUAAGAACAAACACCGAAAUACGGUGUGUGUGUUUUUCGAACAAUUAAUCUGAAUGCUAAUAAAAUCCGUCAACCAAUUUAGAUGACAAACAAAAUUAAACUAACGAAUGCUGCAAUAAAAUAAAAACCGUGUGUGUUUUUGUUUUGCAUGUCAAUCGAUUGUGUUUCGUUUUGCUUUUGAACAAUUGAAUUGAGCAGAAAACGUACCAAAGUGAGUUAGUAUUACAGUAUAUUGAAUACAUGCAAUCGUCCUUCUCUCUCAUUAAGAGCGAUAAUUGCACAACUGAAGCAUGUUAACGAGCCAAAAGAAAAAUUGGUCAAAUUAAAGGUAUUGAUCGUCAAGUGAAAAGAGAACAGCAUACGAAACAUUCGUCAAAUUGUUGUUUAUAUUUGAUGGCAUGUGGCAAACAAAGUCACGAUAUCCGAUGAUGCGAAUGCGGAAUAUAUCGACUUUUUCCCUAUAUUAUUCUUUCUUGAAUAUGUUUUUUUUCUUGCCUUCCUUACAAAGUAGUCGCUACACAUUUUUCUUGUACUAAAAUAGAUGCUGUAAAAAAUAGAUUGGAAACUAAAAUUAAAAUAAACAACAAGCGAGAAGUACACACAAGCAUACGUAGAAACAGCAACCGAUACAGAAUCGGAAUUGCGUGAAUGAAAUGCAUGGAUUCUGUCGCGCAAUCUAUGUACUACGGUUGUGAAAGAGAUGCAUAGACGGCGUUUACUGUCAGAUUACAUACAUAUUACAUGUGUGACAUGACGUGGACGCUCACACGUACACAUAAUAUCAUCCAUCCAACUUAGCGACAUACACACAUUCAACUAAUAGAAUAAUUCUACGGUUCUCGACCUGUCAACCUACCAUGCAUAUGAUGUUGUUGUUGUUGUUGCCAUUUCAAUUAAAUUGUGUCAAAAUUGUACAAUUUUCAUUGGAUUCGAUCGUUUACAGAAUCGAUUCAAAUGUUGUUUCCCUUUAAUCAAAUGUACAGACAAUGUCGUUCAUUGAAGUCAUUUGAACCGGUCACCGGUCAUGUAUUAGAUAAUCAGCUAGCGAGAGAGAGAGAGAUCAAGAGACUGGCUCUUCGGUCAAACUAAUACAUAAACGAUUGCGAUGAACGAGUUUAUCUCUUUAACGCUUGACUUUUCUUCCUUUCUUCUCUUUCAUGAUGGCUCUUCUUGUUCAUCGGCUCUUUCACUUGCACAUAUUCGCUAUUGGCGCCCGGUGCUUCAUCGAAAGUUAUGGAAAAAUACAAGCACUGAGAAAAGAACAGACUAGAAAAAAAAAUAAACAGCAAACAUCUGUGUGAAACAACCCGUGACAGUUGUCGCUUCGCGUUCAUUUUAUACAUAUUUAGCACACCGUUGGUAAGACAGAGACACAUGCACGCAUACACAUUCAUACAGACAUUGCUAAGACUGACGACGAGGCGCUCAUACAAACAGCCGCAUAAAACACACACACACAUACCAUCCAUCUGUGGUUCUGUGUAAGGGAACACCGACAACAUAUUUUUCUGUAGCAUUUUUUAUUUAUCGAAGCACAGUUCGUAUACUAGAUUAAAAGUGGGAUAUUAAAGUUUGGGUACUGCGUAGUUCACUGUGUGUGAAUGCAAAUAAAUCGUCAAUUUUUUCCGACACAGAAAUCACAUUUCCAUUUUAUUGUCAGUGUUUUCAAUUGAUUUGUAGUGAACGCAAAGGAUUUUCACAAUUUAACGAAUAAUCAAUAGUUAAUUGGUCGUUUUUUUCUGUUCCACAAUUGUUAUUCCACACUUCUCUUUCCAUCCCCUCAUCUGUGUCUACUGUAGUGUGUAUAUGUUUGAAAAAAGUUGAUUCCACCAAACAAAAACCAUUAUUCGAAUCGAUUUCGACCGAUAAAUUCGCAAUGAGUAAAACUGAAACGGAAUGGCGAAAUUUUGAUUUGACAACGGACGAACUGGAUCGUUUUACCAAGGCAUUUAAAUCGGAGAAAUUUCGCAGUCUUUUCGUUGAAUAUUGUAAAGAAAUUAAUGAUCCAGAGAAUCGUCGCAUUUACGAAGCUGAAUUGAAACAAUUGGAAGCCGAACGUGGCAUUGAUAUAAAGUUUAUUAAUCCAGAACCAGGAUUUGUUGUCAAAUCGAUUGCGAAUGGUAAUCAAAAGAUAUUCAUUAAUGUGGCAAAGAGUGAUGCGAUCGAAAAGCCCACCAGUCAAUGUGGUUUCGAUGCGAAAACGGGGGAAAAGGGGCUGAACUGGAGCUUACCGUAUGUGCAAUCGAAACCGAAACAUGAUUUUGAUAAAAAUAAGGUGAUUUGUGCCGUAUUCGAUGUCAUCUUCCAUUCGGACACAUUGCAUUUGGCACAAAAGAAUCCAGCAUUCAAGAAAUUGGUCAUCGAAACGGCAUAUGAUGCGGUGCGUUCAGCGUUCGAUUUAACACUUGAUAGUAUUACGAAUUUGAAAUUCCCAAAAUUGGCCUACAAAGGACAACCGACGCCCGUUGUCAUUCGUAAAAAAUGCACCGAACAAUCGAUUAACGCUUAUGGAAAUGCAUUUGGUGGUGGUGUUGGUAAGCAGCAGAAUGGUGAACACCGCAACGGUGACGAUGAAGUGCCGAAACGCAAAGAAGCCAAACCAAUGGCUAACAAUGCCGCUAUCGAUGAAUAUGAAACACCCAAGUAUGAACUAAUCCAUCGGCGGCACAUUGAAAUGCACGAAUUCACCGAUGAAUUGGAUGCGAAGUUGAAUAUCACGGUGCCCAAGGAGCUAGUAAUCAAAAUUCAAUUGCCCUUAUUGAAUUCAUCCAAAGAUGUGGUUCUGGAUGUUAACACAAAAUCGAUUCAUAUGCAUUGUGAUACACCAGCCAAGUACAAACUCAAUGUUAGCCUGCCGCACGAGGUGGACAAGGAAAUGGGAACGGCACAGUUUGACAAUCAAACGAAAAUAUUAGCAAUCACACUGCCAGUAUUGAGCCGUAAGCAGAUGGGCAUUUUUGAUUUGUGCCGCGAGGAUAGCGGCGUUGAAAGCGAUCAUCACAGUCCCAAAGAGGAUAGUUCAUUGGGCUUGGACGACGAUGUUUUCACCGAUGAUUGCGAUCAUUAUUCAAAUCAGAUGUCAACUGAGAUUGAAGAAGUGGGCUCGGUACAACAAACAAAUGAAAAAGAUUCGUUUUUGGAAUCGUCAAUUAAUUAUACGCUACCCCAUUUCACUUAUAACCGUUUUGAAAAUGUGGUCGCAUUUACAUUACACGUAAAAAAUGUCGAAUCAACGUCAAUCGUUGCUAUUGAUACGAGUAACAGCUAUCGACUAAAGUUCUCAACCGUUGGAUCUGGGUAUUUCAAUAAUUAUUAUGCGUUUUAUUUUGCCAUGCCCACGGGAACGGCCACCAUUUCGGAAUCUCCACGUGUCGAGACAUGGGACAAUAAUGUUGUCAUUCAAAUUGAACUGGAUUCAAUCGAUCGUUUUGCAUCGUACGAUGUUGGACUGAGCGCAAACGAUUGCAAGCAUUUUGCGUGCAACGAAAAAAAGUCAUACAAUGACGUUAGUGAAAAGGUCGCGGAAGACAAAACCAAUUAUGUGGAAGUGGGAACGGCCAUGUCAAAUGAAGAGCUACAAAUUGAAAUUACAAAUAAGAAUUUCAAAGCUAAAAGUACAACUGAUGAUGAUGAGGAUGAAAUUAAGGCGCCAGCAGUUCAACGUCCUAAGACGAAAAAAUCGAAACGAGACAAUAGUAAAAAGGCUCGUUCAUACUCCGAAUCACAUUGCGAUGAAUUAAAGCAAACCGAAGAGGCGAAACAGGUGAAUGGUGGCGAAAAUCAUGCAAAUGAUAAAAAACCAUGUCCACAGCAUGCCAUCAAAUCGCGUACACAAUCCGAAUCGAGCAACGAUGAACAUCAUAUGGAUUUGUUUCCGUUGAAGGGCAUUUUAAAGCGUCACAGUUCAUAUGAUCGUACCACAACGCCGGAAUGUUCGCUCGACGAACACGGCUGUGCCGGUUCCAUUGACCUUGGCAUUGGCUCAUUCAAGAGCAUACCGGAGGAAAAGGAUGCCGAACACUCCGAAAGCGUUAAAAAGACUGUCCGUUUCGACAAGCAACUUUGCCGAAAACUGUUAUUCAAAAUGAAUUCAACCAUUAUUGGUCAGCGAAAGCCGAAGGAAAACAAACGCAAGAAGAAGAAGCGUAAUCAAGAGCGCCGCUAUAGCGAAGGUGAAGCUUCGGAUUAUGAAAAUAAUUUGCAGCCAUCGGGAGCAUGCUGUCAGAAACCCACCGCAUCUGUCGACGUCAAUAAAAAUAACAAAGACACCGAACACAAAACCAAUUUGAUAUUCGAUAUAGAAAUUUAGUUUCUAUAGCUUUUUGAGUCCAACCGAGAAUUCUUUUUGCAACAACAACCACAUACUUGUUCUCUUUUUAAUCAUGUAACUUCCUACUUAAACAAUUUACUAAACAAAAACAAAAUCACAUGUCCAGUGACAAUUAGACACAACACAAGAACAAAGCUACAAAUAAAACACAGCAAACAAAAACAAAAAACAACAACAAGCAUAGAGGCCCACUUUUGGUUCAUAUAGCAUAUGUAAUCAAUGGCAUCAGUAGAAUAUUAUAAAAGCAGGAGCAUUGAGCAUGUUCAAAAUAUUAAA